AUGCGCUCCCUCCAUGUCUCCUCCUGCGCCUCCGGUGGCCAGACGCCUCUUCCACUCCGGCCGAUAUGUUUGAAGAAGGGGCUAGAGACAAACUGUCCAAUCUGUUGUGACUUCCUAUUCACAUCAAGCAAGGAAGUUAGAGCUGUUCUUUCUGGUCACUCCAUGCAUUCAACUUGCUUGCAGGCAUACACUUUCAGUCACUACACUUGCACUAUCUACGGCAAAUCCUUCUGGGAUAUGGCGAUAAAUGUUGGAUCAGCUGACCCUGUCAUUAUCUCAUUCCACCCCAACACCACGGUCAGACGGUGUGCAGCCACACCUGGUCACCAUCGAGUUUCAGGUAACCACGACAAGUCAACGAUCUUCCAUUGCCUUCCGCUCAAUUUUGUUUGGAUGGUGCGUGAUUCCUUCCAUCGAGUCUUCAAUAAACCAAAGAGUUACCAGAGUAGUUAA